AUUCUGUUACACAUAGCCAAAGGAGAAAAUAUCCCAUGGCUUGUAGAGUUACUGGCGAACCCUUCUUCGAUAAAAAAGGAACCUUUCGAUUGGAUUGCAGCAUGUAAGAGAGAUGAGACAUGGGCAGUACUUGCUUUCAUUAAUACUUGUCAAGAUCUUCAAAGGGUUUAUCGUGAACAAAUUGACACUCCUCUGCACCACAUCAAACUCAAAACUCUAAAUGAAUACUUCGAUUUCUUAAAUAUUCCAUCCAUUGCGGAACUUAAGAAUGCAACUGAUGCUGAGGGUGCAACGCCUUUGCACCGAGCACUAGAGAGGAAGGACAUGUUUCUAGCUAAGGCCUUACUUGUUGAUACUGAGGUUGAGCGAAACAUAAAGGACUUUAAUGGUACAACUGCCAUGGAUUUGCUUGCCAAGCUUUGCAAACAAGAUGACAACUGGGCACAGAUGUGCAAGCAAAUCAAAGUAAAUCCACUCCUGAAAACUACAUAUAUCCAACCUGGGACGAACCUGGAUCAAAUGCGUAACACUCUUUCUGUAGUCGCAGCUCUGUUGGCAACAAUCACAUUCGCGGCUGGAUUUACACUCCCUGGAGGCCUUGACAGCAAAACUGGCAAGGCUGUCAUGGGAAAGGAAGCAGCAUUUUUAGUGUUCAUACUAUCAGAUGCCUAUGCCAUGUGCACAUCCAUGUUUGUCUUGUUCUGCUUGAUAUGGUCCAUGGUUUCCGAACGUGAUAUGUCAUAUUUAUUGGUUGAUCGCAGUGUGCUCAUACUUAUGCAAUCCUUGUAUGGUACAAUGUUGGCAUUUAUGACUGGUGUCUAUACUGUAAUAGACCAAAGCUCCUUGUGGGCAGCCAUAAUCAUCUUCAUCAUGUGCUCUUUGGCUGUAAUUUCAGCAAAUAGGACCAUUUUACAUUACAUACUUGCCAAGCUAAUCCCUGCGGCUAACCGAGACCAGAGCGAUAGGAUCCGAUUGCUUGAAGAGGGAAAAGCAGUUGCUUCUCGAGAUGAUAACUCUCAGAAAGUUGAGUAAAAAUUCUACAAUACUGAAUAGGACCAGUGGACCACAGAGAUCAAAUCCCAUUACUUAAAAGAGGGAGAAGCAUCUACAUGUGGGAAUGAUCUCUGUGUGAACGUGGUCAACAAGUAGCUAUGAAAAGGGAGAAAGACGUGAACUUUUGGACAUUCACUUUUGGAUUUCAGAUUAUAGAUAGUAUAUUAUUCAUCACGGAAUCAUACUUGUAUAUUACAAAAAAUAAUAAUGACAACAUAAAUAUUUAUCACAAUGAACCGGGCUCAACCCUAAGGGAUGGCAAGAGAGGCAACCGCCCAGAGGCUGGACUUUAAAGGGGGGCCAAAUCAAAAAUAUUUAAGUGAAAA